AUGGGUAAGCUUUUGAAGGAGUUUAUGACAAUUUCUGGGAAACUACUGGAUGGUGAGCUGAUACAUUAUUAUCCUUAUCCUGCAUUUCCUGGAAUUACAGAGAAAGCUUUAUUAAAAUCUCUUGCACACUCACAUGAACUAAACUCUAUAGAUCUUGAUGACAUUCACCUUCCAAACUUGCCAAGACCGCAAAAGGCCUUCAGAGGAAUCCGCAAGAAGAGCUCUUCAUUGAAACGUUGGCUUGCUAUAUGCUCUGAUGAUUUGACUAAGUGA